AUGAACACGGACCCACCCUCCGGUCCCUUAGAGAAGCACGUCAUCACCGAUGAUGGUGGCGUUGUAAAGUUCAUAUUGCGAGAAGGGAGGGGGACCUGUCCCCCCAAGCACGCCCGGUGCCUAGUUCACUAUGUGGGUAGAUUAGUGGAGGGCGAUGCCGUGUUCAUGGACACGCGGUCGGAGGGGCAGGGCGAACCGGUCAAGCUCGUCGCUGGCAGGGUCAACACUGCAAGGGAGACGGGCCUGAACCUGGCGGUUGCGACCAUGGUGCCGGGCGAGCUGGCAAGGAUAGAGGUGGCGCCACGGUAUGGAUUUGGCGUCGCCGGAUCCUUCAGCUUCCCGACCGUGCCGCCCCAUGCCGGUCUAGUGUACGAGCUGGAGCUUCUGGACUAUGAGGAGGUGGAUGAGGAUGCCAGGGUGGGGUCCAUGCUGUUUGAGGACCGGCUGGAGGCGGCGGAGCGGCGCCGCGCCGAGGGCAACGCUCUCUUCAAAGCCGGCGACGGCGAGAUGGCGCUGCGCAGGUACCACCUGGCGUUGUCCUACCUGGAUGCCGACCUGCUCAUGCAGCUGGAGGGCCGGCACCUCGACGCCGCCCAGGCCAUCCGCGCGCCCACCCUGUCCAAUGUGGCCGCCGUGCUGCUGAGCGCAUGUCGCCUCCCAUGUUCCUCCGGACCCAUCCCGAGCUUUGCGAGCCGGGGGGUGCGGGCGAUCUCCAUCGAGUCCUUGCAGCCCAGCGACACGUUUGAGCCGCGGCACAACAGCAUCACCCCAAACGAGGUGAAGGAGAUGGUGGGCCUGCUGGGCUUCGACUCCCUGGACGCCCUGAUCGACGCCACUGUGCCGGCCUCCAUACGGCGCGAGGGUGUGAUGGAGCUGGCCAACUCCCACCCUGACGGCAUCACAGAGUCCGCCUUCAUCAAGGAGUUUAGGGCUCUGGCGGAGCAGAACAAGGUGGCCUCCUCCCACAUCGGCAUGGGGUACUACGGCACCAUCACCCCCCCCGUCAUCCUGCGCAACAUCCUGGAGAACCCCGGGUGGUACACCCAGUACACGCCCUACCAGGCCGAGAUCGCGCAGGGGCGGCUGGAGGCGCUGCUGGUCUUCCAGACCAUGGUCUCCGACCUCACCGCCCUCCCCCUGGCCAACGCCAGCCUGCUCGACGAGGGCACUGCCGCGGCCGAGGCCAUGGCAAUGUGCAGCGCGCUGGCGCGCGGCAAGAAGCCGCGCUUCCUCGUCUCCGAGCGCUGCCACCCGCAGACCAUUGCGGUGGUGCAGACCCGCGCCAAGGGCCUGGGCCUGGAGGUGGAGGUGGGCGACGAGACCGGGUUUGCCUUUGACGACACCACCUGCGGCGUGCUGCUGCAGUACCCCGCCACCGACGGCUCGGUGCGCGACUACGCCGAGCUGGCCGCCGCGGCCAAGGCCGCGGGGACCAAGGUGGUGGUCGCCACCGACCUGCUGGCCCUGGCGGCGCUGGCCCCGCCCGGGGAGUGGGGCGCCGACGUGGCGCUGGGCAGCGCCCAGCGCUUCGGCGUGCCCAUGGGCUUUGGCGGUCCGCACGCCGCCUUCCUGGCCUGCCGCGAGGAGUACAAGCGCGUGCUCCCCGGCCGCAUCAUCGGCGUCAGCCGCGACUCCACCGGCACCCCGGCCCUGCGCAUGGCCAUGCAGACGCGGGAGCAGCACAUCCGCCGCGACAAGGCCACCAGCAAUAUCUGCACCGCGCAGGCCCUGCUGGCCAACAUCUCCGCCAUGUACGGCGUGUACCACGGUCCCGAGGGCAUCGCCAGGAUCGCGCAGCGCGUGGCCGGGCUGGCCGGCGUGCUGGCGGCGGGCGCGCGCCGCCUGGGCCUGGAGGUGGGCGCCGACCCCUUCUUCGACACCGUGCGCAUCACCAUCCCCGACGCCGACGCGCUGGUGAGGGCGGGGCACGAGGUGUGCAUCAACCUGCGGAAGCUGGACGGCGCGACGGUGACCGUCGCGCUGGACGAGACGUGCGGCCUGGCGCAGGUGGACGCGCUGCUGGCGCUGCUCAACGGCGGCGCCGCGCCCGACUUCGACGCGGCCUCGCUGGCCGCCGACGCCUCCACCGGCAUCGGCGGCGCGGCGCGGUCCAGCCCCUACAUGCAGCACCCCAUCUUCAACAGCUACCACACGGAGCACGAGAUGCUGCGCUACCUGAAGCGGCUGGAGAACCGGGACCUGUCCCUGGCCCACUCCAUGAUACCCCUCGGCUCCUGCACCAUGAAGCUGAACGCCACCAGCGAGAUGCUGCCCAUCACCUGGGACGAGCUGGCGGCGCUGCACCCCUUCGCCCCCGCCUCCCAGACUGCGGGCUACGCCGCCAUGUUCGAGGCCCUGGCCCAGCAGCUGGCGGAGAUCACCGGGUUCGACGCGGUGUCGCUGCAGCCCAACUCCGGGGCCAGCGGCGAGUACGCGGGGCUGGCCACCAUCUGCGCCUACCACGCGGCGCGCGGCGACGCGCACCGCCGCGUCUGCCUGAUCCCUGUGUCGGCGCACGGGACCAACCCCGCCUCGGCCGCCAUGUGCGGCCUGCGCAUCGUGCCGGUGGGCGUGGACAAGCAGGGGAACGUGGACAUCGAGGAGCUGCGCGCCAAGGCCAAGGAGCACGAGAAGGAGCUGGCCGCGCUGAUGAUCACCUACCCCUCCACCCACGGCAUCUACGAGAACGGCAUCGACGAGGUGUGCGACAUCAUCCACGCCGCGGGCGGGCAGGUGUACAUGGACGGCGCCAACAUGAACGCGCAGGUGGGACUGACCGCGCCGGGGCUCAUCGGCGCCGAUGUGUGCCAUCUGAACCUGCACAAGACCUUCUGCAUCCCGCACGGGGGCGGCGGGCCUGGCAUGGGCCCCAUCGGGGUCAAGGCGCACCUGGCCCCCUUCCUGCCCAGCAACCCGGUGGUCCCCACGGGGGCGCUGCCCAACUUCAAGUCGGACGAGCAGGCCUGCGGCGCCAUCUCCGCCGCGCCCUUUGGCUCGGCCCUCAUCCUGCCCAUCUCCUACGCCUACAUCACGCUCAUGGGCGGCAAGGCUCUCGCCAACGCCUCCAAGCUGGCCAUCCUGAAUGCCAACUACAUGGCCAAGAGGCUGGAGAAGCACUACAACGUGCUCUUCCACGGCCCCAACGGCACCUGCGCCCAUGAGUUCAUCCUGGACAUCAGGCCCCUGACUUCCAGCUCGGGAAUCGAGGCAGAGGACAUUGCCAAGCGUCUGAUCGACUACGGCUUCCAUGGACCGACUAUGUCCUGGCCAGUGUCAGGCACGCUGAUGAUCGAGCCCACCGAGUCCGAGAGCAAGGCCGAGCUGGAUCGUUUCGUGGAGGCCAUGAUCGGCAUCCGGGAGGAGAUCGCGGAGAUCGAGUCCGGGAAGGCCGACCGGGCGAACAACGUGCUGAAGCACGCCCCGCACCCCGCCCACGUCGUCAUGGCCGAUGAGUGGGACAGGCCCUACUCCCGCGACAAGGCCGCGUACCCCGCUCCCUGGGUGCGCCAGUCCAAGUUCUGGCCCACCACCUGCAGGGUGGACAACGUGUAUGGCGACCGCAACCUGGUGGUGCGCAUGCCCGACGUGCCAGAGACCCCGGCGGGGACGCGCGGCGCUGAGGUGGUGGCCCCCUGA